UAAACGGGGGGGGGACGACGAUAACGAGCCAGCGGAUCUUCUCCGCUUGUCAACCGACGGCGACUAAGCUGGAAAACAUUAGCAGCAAAUGUCGCAGAAGACUUUCUGGUCUUCACGGCAGCGGAACGCAGGAGGAGGGGAGGCGGGCAGACGAGCUUCUUUUCCGGGUAUCUUUCACCGGACUCGUCCCGGGCGGUUGGAGCUUGUCUCGUGGAUUAUAAACACGCCGAGGACAUCGUCAGUUUUUUAACGGCGGAAUUGUGGAUUUACUUCCAUAUUUGUGUGUGUGUGUUUUUUUUUAUUUUUACCGGCUCGAUGACGGUUUAACACACAAAAAGAGACCAACUUGUUUGAAAAGCGGACCGUGUUUCCCCUGAAAGCUCCGGGGGGGAGCGUCGCCAACUGGCGUUAACCUCCGUGUUUUUUUCCACGGCACACACACACACACACACACACACACACACACACAAAAGUUGCCUUCUAACAAUCGCGCGCGCGCCCUUUGAACAACCGGGUUGCCCGAUGUUCGAGAGCGAGACCCCGGAGUGGUUGACAGGUUGACGAAGUGCGCGUCGGUCAACCCAGAAGCCCCCCCCCCCCACCGGCCGUUGAGAUGUCGCGGACGGCGGCUUAAGGAGCUGCUGCCGUUACUCGCACCAACGGCUCACCGACGGGCGACAAAGCGAUGCGUUCAAACAAGUGGUUCAAUGGGGGAGAAAAAAAGACGUCAACGUGAAGUUGUGUCGCGCCGUUAAAACCUCCUUUUUUUUCCUUCUUUUUUUUUGUUUAAACCGACACGUCGUUUCGCUCCUUAAGUAAAUAAUAAACAACAAACACGUAAACAGACACGGGUGUUUUUAUUUUACGUCGCUCUUCAGCUGUCAAAAAAAAAAAAAAAAAAAAGACAACUUUUUUUUUUUUUUUUUUUAGCUUUAGCUUGCGUUAGCUUAGCCGCGGGAGCUAACGGCGCUAGCUCGGCUUACGGUCACACACACACACACACACACACGCACACGAAACUACUUCCGCCGACCGGGAAUGUGUGUUUUUUUAAAAGCUCCGAUGGGUUCACGGCAACGCUCACUUGGAGACUUUGGGCAAUAAGACUCCCGAGCACCGUCUACCACUUUUUAUUUAUUAAUAGUUUCACCCCGACACCCUCCACCCAAGUAGCCGAAGUUGUGACACUGCGGCCCGCACGAUGUCCGGAUCCCCGGGAACUGGUGGCUCGAACCCCCGGAAGUUCAGCGAGAAGAUCGCGCUGCACAACCAGAAGCAAGCGGAGGAGACGCGGGCCUUCGAGCAGCUCAUGACGGACCUCACUGUUUCACGGGUGCAGUUUCAGAAGGUCCAGCAGCUUCGCCUGACGCAGUCGCGGGCGCAGUACUACGGCUCGCUGCCCAACGUCAAUCAGAUCGGCAACAACAGCACCGACUUCCAGGGCGGCUUCCUGUCCGGACUGGACUCGGCCAGAGGGACCCGCCACCACGGGCUGGUCGAGAGGGUCCACCGGGACCGCGGCCGCAUCAACUCUCCCCACCGCCGGCCCGUCGACAAGCACGGACGGCAGAUCGAGAGCUCUCCGUACGGCGCCGUGUACCUGUCCCCGCCCCUGGACAACAGCUGGAGAAGGGAACAGCAGCCAUGGACCGAGGAAAAACGGCCUGGGUUGAGAUUAUUAUCACAACUCAACAGAACCAACUCGGACUCCGCUCUCCAUACGAGCGCCAUGAACCCGAACCCCCAGGACCCCUUUGGCAUGAACCAGCAGAUAGGUCGAGGACCUCUCCAGCGCAAUGGCUGGAACGCAGCCAGCGUAAACGAGGCCGAGGUGGACGGCUCCGGUAACGUCUUCUCCUUCCCCGCCAUGACCACCGAGGACAAUCUCAUAGGAGUCAGUAAGCCGCUCCCCAAGCAGCUGUGGGAGGCCAAGAAGGUCCAGUCUCUGGCGUCGAGGCCUAAAUCAUGUGAAGUGCCUGGAAUCAACAUAUUCCCGUCUCCGGAGCAGAACCCGGGUCUGUCCCACUACCAGGGCUUGUUGAACACCAGCGGCUCCCUGCCGGACCUCAGCAACCUGCACUUCGCCUCGCCGCUGUCCACGCCGCUGGACCCGGAGGACAACGGGGGCUACUCCAACCUCAGCGGGGGCAGCAGCACCGGAAACCUGCCGGCCGCCAUGAUGCACCUCGGCAUCGGCAACUCACAGGGUCUAUCCUCGUCUCUGAGCAAUCCCUCCAUUCAGGCGACCCUCAACAACUGCCAGCUGCAGUCGUCGCUCAGCAACCCCUCCAUCAACUCGUCCCUGCGUCUGUCCAGCAACUCCCCCCGGCGGCGGCCGGCUCCCAUCAGCCCCCUCACCUUGUCCCCCGGCACCGAGCAGCGCCGGGGUCUGGCCAAGCAGCUGUCCCCCACCAUGUCGCCCUCGCUGUCCCCCAUCACACAGGGAGUUGCUUUGGAUACCAGCAACAUGCCAAGAGAGCCGCCCCCACCCUAUCCGCUCUACCAGCAAUCCCAGCAUGCAGUGGACCAGGGCCGGCAACAUCAACAACAACAACAACAUCAACAACAGCAGCAACAACAACAACAGCAACAACAACAGCAGCAGCAGCAGCAACAACAACAGCAGCAACAGCAGCAGCAGCAACAACAACAACAACAGCCUCUUUCGCCUCUUCAGAGCAUCCCACUGGACUUCAACAUGAGCCAACACAACAACAUGGCGACGCUCUUCAACGACCCCUUCAUGGAGCAACAGUUUUCCAAUCGCCAGAACAAGACCCACCCCUAUCAGUUGGACCAGUUCGCUCUGCUGGAGAACGCCAUGAGCUCCACGGCGGGGGGUUCCUACUUCGACCCGUCCACCUCUCUGCUCUACUACUCCCAGGCCGCGCUGUCGGGGCUGGGCGGCGGCCUGCAGGACUCCAUGCACAUGAGGUCCAACAUGCUGUACUCUAACUGCAGCGGGGGACUGCCCAACAUCAUCCUCACUGAUGACUCCAGCCUGUCGAAGGACAUCAGCAGUGCGCUCUCCACGGUGCCCGAGUGCUUCGACUCGGAGGGCUGCUUCCCGCUGGAGGACGAGCUGCGCAUCGAGCCGCUCAGCCUGGACGGUCUGAGCAUGCUCAGUGACCCCGACAUGGUGCUGCCCGACCCAUCCGUGGAGGACACGUUCCGCAGCGACAGACUCUGAACGCGGGAAAGAGAGAACGAAUAAUCUGAAUAUGCACGCACGCGAUCUCCAUGGGGCCACUGCGCAUGCGUCCACUGCCACUAAGAUUAAUUUAAAUGUGAAAGACACACCGCGUGCGCAGUCGAGCACACACACACACACACACACACACACACACUUUUUAAACGAGGAGGCUUGUGAACAAACACUGUUUACAGGCAAAGUUGUGACGCUCAAGCUUGUUUCUCUCAGACGUUUUGUUUUUAAAUGAGUCGGAUCGAUUCAGUUUGGGUUUCCACAUCAGCUCUGAGAGUCUGCCCCGACCCCCCCGACCCCCAUGACCCCCACGACCUCCUGGAACCGAGAAGACUUGGACGAACACGUGAGCCCCGACCCCGCUUCUCUCUCUCUCUCUCUCUCUCUCUCUCUCAUCAGCAGCUCACAGCCACCUGAAGCCAUGGCAACGUCAUCACCGUGGUUACACGCCACAGCAACCCCCAUCACAAUGCUGAACGCACACAUUGACUUUAUUUACAGCACAUCUGGAAGCUGAGGAGCAGUGACAUGUCAGUGUGUGAACAUCUGGAAGCUGAGGAGCAGUGACGUUUGUCAGUGUGAACAUCUGGAAGCUGAGGAGCAGUGACAUGUCAGUGUGAACAUCUGGAAGCUGAGGAGCAGUGACAUGUCAGUGUGAACAUCUGGAAGCUGAGGAGCAGUGACAUGUCAGUGUGAACAUCUGGAAGCUGAGGAGCAGUGACAUGUCAGUGUGAACAUCUGGAAGCUGAGGAGCAGUGACAUGUCAGUGUGAACAUCUGGAAGCCCUGUUUCAGGUGAAGUAAAGACCAGCUGUGGUUACUUCAGGCUCUUGAACAAUCGUGGUAGAAAUGAAGACUAGAGAGAUUACAGCUUUUUGUUUUAAAUGUAUUUCUUUACAUAAUGGUAUCAGAUUAUUUUUGAGAUGUUUGCCACAGAUGUGUAUGUGUAGAUAUAUAUAUGUACACGUAUAUGCAUAUGUAUACAAAUAGUUAAAUAUAUAUAUAUAUUUAUAUAUAUGUACACAGAUAUAUAUAUAUAUAUAAAUAUAUAUAAAAGCCUCAAUUUCAGUCUUGAUUAGAAUGCAUUUUCAAACUCGAAACAAAAAGGGCAAACUGUUUACAGAGAUGACAUUUUAAUAAAGUAAAUAUUACUUCAGAGUAUAGAUUUUUGAAUUUCUAAUUAAGAGAAUAAAUUCUGAGAUGAAUUUUGAA